AAACCCGUUGACCCGUUUGUUGCUGCCUAACACGACUCUCUGAAUUCUACCCCAAAUCCAAGGGCAUAUUAGGGAUCUAAUGCAUCUCUGAAACCGCAUCCUCGCUGCCCGCUGGCGUUCCACUAUUCAACGAUAACAACCCCUCGAAGACGGAACUCUCUCAAAUUGAAUUCGAAUCAAAUAUCAAGAAGUUUCAUAAUUUCCUCAGAUUGUUUUUUUUAACCUCUAAAUCAAAAUUCUUAGCUCUGAUCCAUGGCUUCGCGUCGGCGUAUGCUCUUAAAGGUCAUUAUCCUCGGCGACAGCGGGGUGGGGAAGACGUCGCUGAUGAAUCAAUAUGUGAAUCGUAAAUUUAGCAAUCAGUACAAGGCGACCAUAGGAGCGGAUUUCCUGACCAAGGAAGUUCAGUUCGAAGAUAGGCUAUUCACAUUGCAGAUCUGGGACACUGCUGGGCAAGAAAGGUUUCAAAGUCUUGGUGUGGCUUUCUACCGCGGCGCAGAUUGCUGUGUUCUUGUAUAUGAUGUGAACGUAAUGAAAUCAUUUGAUAAUCUUAACAACUGGCGGGAAGAGUUUCUGAUUCAGGCAAGUCCCUCUGAUCCUGAAAACUUCCCUUUUGUUGUGCUGGGGAACAAGAUAGAUGUUGACGGUGGGAAUAGUCGGGUGGUUUCUGAGAAGAAAGCCAAGGCAUGGUGUGCUUCAAAGGGAAACAUACCUUACUUUGAGACCUCGGCAAAAGAAGGAUUCAAUGUUGAAGCUGCUUUUGAGUGUAUAGCCAAAAAUGCACUCAAGAAUGAGCCUGAAGAAGAAAUAUACCUGCCUGACACAAUUGAUGUUGCGGGCGGACGGCAGCAAAGAUCUACAGGUUGCGAGUGUUAGAAGAUUCUUGAGAUCAGCCCUGUUCGGUCCGGAUAUCAAGAUACAGCCGUCACAAAUAUUUGGAGAUUUAUAUAAGUGGUCAUUUUAACAAUGAGUGUUCUAAGGAAGAAGAUUGCUAGAUUUUUACUUUGUAUCAUGAGUGAGAGAAGGCAUAUUGAAUCAUUGAUCUUCUAUGUAUUGUUUAUGUUUAUAUCUAAUGUCUGUAUUUCACCUUUCAUUUGUGUUUAUCUGGAAAUGUGAUGUACAAGCUGUGAUCAUUCAUGAUA